CCUAUGUACUCUUCAUCAUUAAAGUAUUGAUCAUUGAAAGGCCAGGCCCAAACGACAGCCUCAUUCCGACCACUGUUUGUCCAAUAGUGUAAAUAACAAGCUCGUUGCCGUUUUAAAUCAGUAUCAUCCAUAACUGCAAUGUUACAAUGUCUGCUGUAAAAGGGUUUUAGCGCUGUUGGACUGAGCUGAAAGGUUCAGUCACGGGGGGGAAUGACGGAAAGCCAGCCCCCACCGGCGCCAGCGGCGCAGCCGGACCUCUACAAUGCUCGCAGCAUCAAGCUAGCGGAGGCGACGCGGGUCCGCCUGUUCCUGCCUGGGCUCAAGGGCGGGCCGGUGGAUGACUGGGACGACCCAGCAGACGCCAAAGCAGCGGCGGGGCCGGGGUUGGGCCGCACCCCCACGGAGGCACAGCUGAAAGCCCGCAAGAAGAUGGCAAAGGUGGCGGCGCUGGCGCACGCCGGCGACGCUGGGGCCGGGGCCGGCGGCAGCGGCGGAGCCGCCGGCGGAGCCGGCGGGGCCGGAGCUGGGCCAGGCGGCGGCGGGCGGGGCAGCAGCAGCAGCGGUGUGCCUGCGGAGGAGGGGCUGUACGGUGGCGGCGGCAUGAUGGUGGUGGAGGCUAUUGUGGUGCUAGAGGAUGAUGACGACGACGACUACGACGGCGAGGGCGGCCCGGGCACCUCGCAAGGCGGCGAUGACCGCUCCUCCGGCGGCAGCCGCUCCGGCGGCCAGGGCGGCGGCGGCCAGGGCGGCUACCCCGCUGGGCUGGCGGGGCGGCCGGGUCUGGCGGGGGCUCUGGGUGCGGCGGGCGGUGGCGGCGGCCGCGGCGGGAGGCCGGGCUCCGCACGCCUAGGCUCGGCGCGGCCACUGAGCGGCGUGGGCGGACGGAAAGGCGAGCCUGGCGCGCACGGCGGCGGCGCGGACGGCAUGAGCCCCUCCCGACUGCGGCCCGGCGGCGCCAACGGCCCCGGCUUAGCGGAGCCGCCAGGGCCGCGUGUGCCUGUGUGGACGCGACUGGCGGCGCCCGCCAACGCCGCGGCGGCGGCGCGGGAGAAGUUCGCACCGCCGCCGCCAAAAGUAUACCGCGCCGUACAGGCCAAAACCAUGAGCCUGGGUCUGGGCGGACCAGACGACGGCGGUUUUGGUGGUCUGGUCUUCGGUUCAGUGGCGGAUCCGGCGGCGCCGUACUACGGCGUUGAACCUGGGGCGGGCAGCGGCGCCGCUGCCGCCGCCGGCCGCAUGGGCUUUGGCAUGGGCCGCGGCGCGGCGCCAAACGCAGCGGUGGCGGCGGCGGCUGCCGCCGCCGCUGCCAUGGCGGCGCGCGGGAACGGCGGCUCUUCAACUGCGGGGCUGUACGGGCUGCCGAUGUACGGCGAGGAGAUGGCCCAGGCGUUGGAAAGCCGCGGGGGAAUGCGAAGGGCUCAGGACAGCCCGGGCGUGCCGUACGGGGCAGGCGCCGGUGCCGGCGGCGGCGGCGGCGGGUCCCCGCUGCCGGGUCCCGGCCAUGGCGGCGCUGGCGGCGGCGGCUUGGGGCCCAGUGCCGCUUUCAUGCGGGCGCGGCGGCUGCAGAGCGGCGCGUCGCCUGGGCGGGUAGGUGCUGCCCCGGCGGGUCCGGGGUUGCCCAUGACGUCAGGAGCGGGAGCGGGAGGCGGUGGUGGUGGUGGGGGCGGCGCGGUGGGCGGAGGCGGGGCCCGCGGCGCGCAGCCGCCGCAGCGCGGCGCGAGCGACAGCCUGGCACGGGCCAUGUCAUCAGACCUUUCGUACGAUGUAACGGCCGUGGCGGUUGGCGCGGCGCGGCCUGGCGGCGGCGGCGGUUACGGCGGCGGUGGCGGUUAUGGCGGCGGCAGCCCGGGGCCGCCCAGUGGCGGCGGCGGCGGCAGCAGUCCGUCCCUGACGUCACUGCAGCAACGCGGCGGCGGCCCGCCGCCGCCAGUGGUGGUGCCUGCAACUGCCUGGGGCUGGUCUGAGUCAGCCGGGCCUGGCGGCAGCGGCGGCGGCGGCGGCCGGGCAGCGGUGCAGCAGCAGUUGAGUCCUGGGUCGGGCGCCGCCGGGCGGCCGCCAAUGCCUCCACCGUCCGCCCCACAGGGCUCACAGGUCUCCGCGCAAAACGGUUAUGGAAGGCCGACUGCGCCGACGCAUUAUGCAACCACCAAUGGUUACGCUUACCCCGGUGACGGGGCGCACGGCGGCGGUGGCGGCGCGGGCGUUGGAGCGGGAGCAGGGGCGCUGUCACCGAGUGCGGCUGGUGGCGGCGGCGGCAGUGGCGGGAUACGCUUCGCCACCGGCCUUGGCGGCGGCGGCGCAUUACCAGGGGCAGCCGGCGGCGGCGGCGGCGCCAACAGCCGCAUAACGGUUGCAGUUGGCGGCGGCGGCGGUGGCGGCGGCGGCAUCAGUGCCCGGGGAGGUGGCGGCCUUUUCUCCAGCGGCAGCAACCCGUACGUCGUGAACCCGGCAGGGCUGGUGGCGGCGGCGGCGGCGGCGGCGGGAGGAGGAGGAGGCCUCGGGGGGUAUGAUGGGAUGGGGCUGGGUUUAGUGCCUGCUGCCGCCUCAUCCCGCGGCCGCUCGUCCUCUUUCACAACCUUGGCCCAGCCGCGAUGACCCCCGCCCGCCUAGUGUUGGUUGCUGGGGUCUAGGAGGGCUGAAGCGCGUGCAGAUGUGUUGUGCACGCGUAAUUUAUAUGAGGUGUCCAGCCUAAUGUACAGGAGGUGUCCAGGACGCGUUUGCUUUGGGGUGGGUGGCGUUCCGAAGCGGCCAUCAUCAUCGCAUACCGUAUGUGGGCUGGCAGGGGACAAACCCAGGCAUGUGUGUGCCUGUGUGUUGGGAAAAGAACAAAGCAAAGCCCGCCCAACGACGGCUCCGGAGUUACCGGCGUGUGUGUGCGUGUGUGUGUGUGUGUGUGUUUGUGCGUGCGUGUGUGCGUGCGUGUGCGUGUACGUGUGUUGUGCGGGCGCGCGUGCAUCGAGCGCUGUACAUUUGUAAAGUUGUAGAUCUGGUGGUGAGCCGGAAUGUAAGAGCGCGCCCUGAUGUUUUGUGCACCCCCGUGGUCACCUGAAGAGUCACAGGCGCUGAAGUGGGCUCCUGACAAAGCAAUAGGCACAGACGCACGGUGAUGUGCCUGUGUGCAACUGGACUGUUGAGAGCAUUGCCGCUAAGGGAGGAGGAGGCCGAGGUGCCGGCCCAAGCAGCAAGGGGUGCAAUCCUUUCUUUGCACGCAAGCAUACCGUUACCAGGUGUGACAGCACCGCUUUGCUGCCGAUCCCGAUGGGGGCGGCUGUGUGCCACUUGUGUUUUGCUACUUGUGAUAUUGCUGUUCUGUGGACUGCGGUGAGGAUGCGGACUGCAUGGGUGACAAGAAGGACCUGCGCUGACGCAGUUCACAAGCUAAUGACGUGGAUGCAGGGCGCGGGGAGCCAGGGCGCCACUUGACUGCUGGUAAUUGCUGAUGUGCAUUUCCGAUUCGCCUUACUGAGUUCGCAUUGGAUGCAUCCGGCUGCCGUCAAUGCUGGCACUGCGGGCUAAUGAUAUAACUGUAUCACUCAUUACGUUCCAUCUGCCUUUGAAACGGCGGCGAUCAAGGUACGUAUGGUAAUCAGAACUCUCGGAUGGGCACACGGUGUCCACCCAUCCCAUGCAACCCUGCAUUUAACCUCU